CUUUAGGCUGUGUCUGGUGAGAUGCCAACCAGACAGGCUGCUUCCGGGUGAGAGAUCGCAGGACAAGCCGAGUAACAGCGCGGGGACAGCGGGAGAGCCGCUCACGGGAGCCUGGGGAUGCUGGGCCUGUCACACUGGGGAGUUAAUUGAUGAGCUCAGCCGGUAUAAUAUUAUUAAUAGAGUUACAGAUACUGUUAUAGAGUGAGGGCACAGACACCAUGUCACAUAUAACAGUCACAGAGCCAGCUUACAGCGUUGGAUGUAACAUGGUGAGUUAAUCCAUCACUUUUAUACAAUAUUAUAUCAUUAUUAUUAUUAUACAAUAUUAUAUCAUUAUUAUUAUUAUACAAUAUUAUAUCUAUUAUUAUACAAUAUUAUAUUAUUAUUAUUAUACAAUAUUAUAUUAUUAUUAUACAAUAUUAUUAUAUCAUUAUUAUAAUAGUAUUAUUAUACAAUAUUUUAUUAUUAUAUAUAUAUAUAUAUAUAUAUCUUUAUUAUUAUAUAUAUCUUUAUUACUAUUAUAUAUAUCUUUAUUAUACAGUAUUAUAUCAUUAUACAGUUUUACAUCAUUAUUAUACAGUAUUAUAUCACUAUUAUGGUAUUAUAUCAUUAUACAGUAUUAUAUCACUAUUAUAUAGUAUUAUAUCACUAUUAUACAGUAUUACAUCACUAUUAUAUAGUAUUAAAUCAUUAUUUCACAGUAUUAUAUCACUAUUAUGGAGUAUUAUAUAAUUAUACAAUUAUACAUUAUACAGUAUUAUAUCAUUAUUAUACAGUAUUACAUCACUAUUAUAUAGUAUAUCAUUAUUAUACAGUAUUACAUCACUAUUAUAUAGUAUAUCAUUAUCAUACAGUAUUAUUUCACUAUACAGUAUUAUAUCACAGUAUUUUAUUAUUAUAGAGUAUUAUUCAGUAUUAUAUCAUUAUUAUACAGUAUGAUAUCAUUAUUAUAGAAUAUUAUACAAUUUUAUACAGUAUGAUAUCACUAUUAUAGUGGUAUUAUAUCAGUUAUAGAGUAUUAUAUCACAGUAUUAUACAAUUUUAUACAGUAUUAUAUCACUAUUACACAGUAUUAUACAAUUUUGUAUAGUACAGUAUUGUAUCAUUAUUAUUAUGUUAUUUAUAUAGCGCCAUCAAAUUCCACAGCACUUUACAAUGGGUGGAUGAACAGACAUGUAGUUUUAACCAGAUUUUAUCAGUAUUAUCCAGUUGCUGUCUCUUUACAUGUGAGUCAUGGGAAAUGUAGUUAAAGGGAAACUCCAGUGCCAGGAAAACAGUCCGUUUUCCUGGCAUUGCAGGCUCCCUCUCCCUCCCACCCCCCAAUCCCCGGUUGCUGAAGGGGUGAAAACAUCUUCGAUUACUUACCAGAGGCAGUGACGAUGUCCCACGUCGCUGCUUCUUCCUCCGCUCCUCCCAGUGAUUGCGUCGGCCGGUGGGCGAAACUGACCCCGCCCACCGGCCGGGGAGAUCUAAUGCGCAUGCGCAGCAAUGCCGCGCAUGCGCAUUAGAGCUCCCCAUAGGAAAGCAUUGAAAAUGCUUUUCAAUGCUUUCCUAUGGGGAAAUGAGCGAUGCUGGAGGUCCUCACACAGCGUGAGGACGUCCAGUGACGCUCUAGCACAGGUUUCCAGUGCUAGGGACACGCCACUACUAGACAGCCACUAGAGGUGGAGUUAACCCUGCAAUGUAAUUAUUGCAGUUUAUAAAAAAACUGCAAUAAUUACACUUGCAGGAUUAAGAGUAGUGGGAGUUGGCACCCAGACCACUCCAAUGGGCAGAAGUGAUCUGGGUGCCUGGAGUGUCCAUUUAACCUUUGGCUGUGGACUUGUUGCUAAUAUCAGUGUCCUGGGCUGCUAAUAGGGAAACCUUCUUUGAUUUAAAGCUAAAAUACAGCAGUUUUUAUGUGUGGAGCUUGUGAGAAGUGACUCUCCUGUUAUUUAAGAUAUCCUGGAUUCCCUAAAUGAAUGUGUGUUUAUUCUGCUCUAUAUGGUCCAUGCAGUUUAUCAUUCAUUGUUUCAUGGUGUCUGAAGACUGAGCUGAUAUUUAUCUUGUGUGUAGUGUGUGAUUUUGAGAGACUGUAUUAACUAUACAAUCUGCAUAUUGUAAUCUCUUGUACAGUAUUACUGUAUAGUCAAGGUUUUGAGCAUUUGUAUUUUUAUUCUAUUCUAUGCUCGCUGAUAUGUGGAACGCCUUUUCUUACUAGAACUGUAACUUUGUUUAUACUACUUUUCUCGGAUUGUAUUCUCACAUUGUUAAACCAGGAGUUGUAGACAAAAGUUUAUUGUAGACUAUGUGUUUGUUUCAUUUUAGUUUGAGAAUCUCUUUUUAAAUGUACCUAGACAUAUAUCUAUUAUUGUAAUACAUUUUACACUUUAAGUGCAACUAAAAAAACAAAGACAAAAACCAUAAAACUUCAGAAGAAUAGAGCCUACAAAUCAGUUGUUACAUGCCUCAAAUGUCUAAAUUAAUUUUAGUAGUUAAAUGCAAACCCUAAGCUGACACUAAUCCUAUGAUUACACUAACCUCAUCUGUGCACCUACCUUAACCUUACCCAUAACCUUGACUCAACAUGACCUCUAACCCGAAAGUAGCAUUAAUCUUUACCCUACGUUAACACUAACUCAUAAGGAUUCCCUCUGCUGUCAUCGGUACUGACAUCAGCAGGGUGAGUUCCCAGCUCACCCAGUACAGAGAGUGUGCUUGCAGCAUGAUAAGGAGAUCUCCCUCUCAUGGUGCAAAUCCUGCAUGCUAUACUUUCUGAUCACGCAGUGAAUGGUGCAGAGAGCCCAGCAAGAUCAUUUUAUGUGGGGGGUGGGGGGAUCUUCCUCAGACUAAAGGGCAGGUUCAGAAUCACUGUUACUGAGCACAAUUGCACUUCUGUGGUGAUUUAAAUGGCCGUAUGCAGCUCACUUUUUGAGCUCAGCAUACAGUUCAUCUGUCCGUCUGGGCACACUAAAUAUUGUCCCAGCCGGGAGCCCCAAGUAUCGAUCGAUAUCUAGGUGUAAGCAGGGAUCUAUCCUCACUCACACCAAAAUUAAGAUGUUCUAUGCUGCCUUAACUGUGUCCACUAUUUUUAGGACAGCAUGUUGUAAAAGGAUUAAGGAAAGUAUCAUAACAUUUAAAGGAACAUUAUAGUGUUACAAAUAUAAAUACAUAUUCCUAAUGCUAUAGUGUUCUCUUACCUAUUUAGUUGUCCUCAACCUCACAGGAUGCGUUUAUAAGAAUACUCAUUCCCUAUGCUAAUAUCUCCCUUUCAUCUCGAACACCAGUCUUUCUGUCCAUAUUAGAAGUCCUGCAGACUCCUAUUUCCAGGUUUGUGUUAACUGUUUUAUAAUGAGCCAGUCAAUACAAGUUUCGUUUCCCUGCGUACUAAGUUCUCAUACUUCAUUCCAUCUGCACCUGGUCCUGACUAUUAGAAAUACAUAAAUAAUGAUGAAAUUAUUGCAAGAACAGCUGUCUCCAGCUUAUUAGGUUAAUAACUUGUGUUUGGAGAACAAUUUGAAAUAUUGGUAUUAAAGGAACACUAUAGGGUCAGGAAGACUAAUGUAUUCCUAAACCUAUAGUGGAAAAAAAAACCAACCUAUUUAAGUGGCCGACUCUCCCUUACUUCCUGUUAAAAAUUCUAUCUCCAUUCCAACUUUGUGCAAGUCAGCUGGUGCUGGCCCUGCCCCGAUCCACCUCCUCGGCUUAUAUAAUCAUAAUUGAUCGUCAGUUCCAAUGCUGUCAGCCAAGGAGGUGGGGCGGGGUAGGGGACAGAGCAGGGGGCUGAGCCAGAUGUCAUCCUAGCCAAUCAGCAUCUCUUUAUAGAGAUGCAUUGAAUCUCUAUGAGGAAAAUUCAGUGCCUCAUUGCAGAGCGUGAAGACUCUGAACAUCUGUACUGCACAGCCCAGGAAGCACCUCUAGUGGCCGUCUGAGUGACUGCCACUGGAGGUGUCCUUAGACAGGAUUGUAAACACUGCCGUUUUUUUUGCUGUGAAAUGUGCAUGUUACCUCUGUAAACACUGUAGGCACAAGUUUAAUUAACUUGUGUAAAUAUUGCAUAAAUAUACAGCCUCCUGCUACAUAACCAAUCCCUAUUUCUUUUAACCCUUUGGACUGUAAUGUAUCUUAAAGAGAAAACUAUCUUCAGAUACAAUUUUCCUCCAAAAAUAUUUUUUUUUUUAAAAGCAAUCCGAUUUGAAAUGAAUAAAAAAACAGAAAACAUCUGCUGUUUCCUUGCCUCUUUUUCUGAUGCUUUGUCCCCUCUGUCGGUGUUGCCUAAAGUUCUGUUCUCAAUAUAUGCUGACUCUAUCUGUUCCUUUGGUUUCCAGUAUCACUUUAAUGCUGUUGAAACACUCAGAUCUACCUGUCGUGCUGUCCAUCUUGAAUUGUUUCUCAGCUGUCUUUCUGCUAUUUCUAACUGGAUGACAUCUUCCUUAACCCCUUAAGGACACAUGACAUGUGUGACAUGUCAUGAUUCUUUUUUUAUUCCAUAAGUUUGGUCCUUAAGGGGUUAAACUCAGUUUUUCUAAAACAUAAUGUCACUCUGCAAAGAGCCUGCACCUAUGCUCAUACUGCUCAUUCUGACUCUCCUCUUCUGGAGUUGUCCAGAUUUGCACCAGUCUUGUAGAGCUCCUUUCCAAGGUCUAUUCGCUUCUCGUCCAAUUUCCAUCCCAUUUAACAACCCUGGCUGGGUGCUCUCCACUACUGGAACUUGAUGAGAUGUUAACACUGAUAAUUUCACUUUUUGUGCUAGAUCUGUAUACACAUUGUUCUCCCAUUACCCAAAUCUCUGAUAAAGAUAAUCACAUUAUUCACGGUUAAACAACACAAGUAUUGAGAAAUAAACAAGAAUAUUGUAAAACUGUAAGAAAAUCUAUAACCGGUGUGGGACAUAGUGCUAGCUGGCAUUGAGACAAUACUUUCCUUUUAUAUGACGUGUCUGGAAACGAUUAAUACCAAUAACAUAUUUUUCUUUUGUAGUGCUAAUGGCUUAUCUAAUUACCAUGCUUGCAGUAAGCUGUUGAACGAUAAAUCCCCUGUAAGUAUAAACUUUAACCUUUAGCAAAUGCCUUAUUGAGCUCAGACAACAUCAUUGUACGUUUCCAUAACUGAUGUAAAAGAGAAAAUGUCAUAUAUAUAUAUAUCCCUUUUUCAUUUUUUUUUUUUUUUGGUUACAAAUUAUAUUCAAUUGUGGAAUGAUGACAGUAGGUAUAGUAAAAUUGUUAUAUAGCAAUCAUUAACCUGCAAUGUCAUGCCAACAGCCUUUCCCUUAAUGGGUCUGGUUAUUUUAUGGCAAACAAGCAAAUAAAGCAGUUAAACUUGCGUGACAAACUAGGAUAUUUUACUUGUCACUGGUAACAAAAUGCUACUCCUCCGAUUUCAUUGCACUGUGUUCGGAUUUACCCAACCCUCUCAUGCACAAAGUCUGUGCCAUCAUCAAAAGAAAGGGGGAGAAAAUCGACCUUUCUAUUGAUUAUAUUACAGAUGUCGGCUUUGAUUAAAUAUUUUUUAAUAAGCUAAUUAAAUAAAACUUCUCUCAGACUCUAACGGUGAUUUCUGUAGAUAAAUCAUUUGAAAAAGGUUUCUGAAAUUGAGGCCAUCUUUGGAACUAUAUCAGAUUGGAGGAUUCCAUUCAGUAUACUGCUUUGUGGUACAGUGAACUUUAAAAUAAUAAAUUUUAUGGGGAAAAUAUUUUCCUCACAUAAGACUGCAGUAAAAUGCUCUGUUUGGUGACAGGCAAAAAGGUCAACUAAAGGAAUUCUCCACCAUAACCACUGCUGACAUUAGUGGCUAUAGUGCCCUCCAUGUCAGACUGCUUUAAAACAAUUUGGCAACUUGCCUUGCCUUAAUCAUUCUAAAAAGGUUUGACAAAAUACACUGCAAUAUAAUUGUGGACAUAUCUUCCCACCCUUUUCUGAAUGCAGAUCUGCUAAAGUUGGCAAGUCUCUUUUUUUUAGUUGCUUUGUAUUUUGGAAGGUUUUGUCCACUGGUAUCUAAGCAACCUGUAUUUUUCUUUUAUGUUGGUCUGCUUCUCCAGAUGUCAGAACCAUCAAUGUGGAGGAAAUAGUUAUGUUAAUUUUGCCAUGCAUUUUUUCACUCUAUCUUACUCUCUUAACCUCCCCCCCCCUUUUUAUUUAUUUUUUAAAGUGUCGGUAUGACUCUACAUCUGCGAGACGGAGCGUCACACUCCUUUAAGCCUCCCACUGCAAUCCAUUCCUCAUCUGGAAGCUAUGUUUACACUUUCCUCAAUAGCUCUGCAGAUCAUGGCAGUUCCUCAGAAGAAGAGUUUGAUGUUAUGGAAUUACGAGCAAGGGGUGGGCAGCGUAAAAAUACAGCUCGAGAGAAAGUCAAGGAUGUGACCUUUUUGGAGUGUGCCGUCACAAAAGAUGACACUCUAAACAAGCUGGCUUUGCAAUAUGCCUGCAAGGUAAGAGGUGCUACUUGACACUAUGCUGUAAACACUUCUUCAUUCAGUGAAUGGAAAAAUGAGCACCUGUGUUUCUAAUCACUAGAUUAACAGGAAGCAAGAUUAUAAUUGUUCGUUUCCUAUGAUUGUCUAUAUCUUUGUGUUUUUUAAUUUUAUUUUUACAGUUGGAUUUCAUUUCACAGUGCUAGGGUCUUCAUUAGCUCCGUUCCAUGGAUGGAUGCAAUAUUUCAGAUUUUAUCUGUUACCUUUUAUUUAAGAAUGUUUGUUUGUUUGUUUAUUUAAAAAAAAAAUUUUUUAAAUGUACCUAAUAACUAUUCUAAUUCUUUGUAAGUACAGGAGAAUGUACUGAUGGCAGAAAUAUCAGAAGUUUAAUAAGGGUACAGCUGUAGUUAUUAUCACUGUUUGAGCCUUGGAGAAGUGCAAGCCAACUGGUCAAAUCAUUGACUGUAUCAGCUGCUGACACUUUCAGUUCACUAGGGAGAGCAAAACUGUUUUAGAACUGGUAGAAUAGCUGGGAUUGACCAUGCAAUACUUCAGAAUUUUUUUUCAUUGUGGCUUCCUUUGCAACCAUAGUCUAAUUAUUAAGUUAUACACUCCCUUAAUAGUGGCCAUUUUCACCUGAAACUGGUACAUGCUGUUUGUGAUCACACUGGUAAUACCUUAGUGUCACGAACGCACCUUACUUCAAGAGUGUGCGUGAUGUAGUUGUGCUGGUGAAAGGGUUAAAGUUCACUAUUUGUCUGCACUAGACCAGAAAUAAUGAUAAAAUCCCACUUAACACCACUAACACUUAACCAUAAUAAUAUAUAUAUCGCUAUUUUUAACGAUCCCUCCACCAAGACAAUUUAUAAAUGGGGUGCAUUGAUCCCCCAGUUAACUUAAAGGGACACUGUAGUCACCUAAACAACUUUAGCUUAAUGAAGCAGUUUUAGUGUAUAGAUCAUGCCUCUCAGAUUUCACUUCUCAAUUCACUGCCAUUUAGGAGUUAAAUCACUUUUUGUUUCUGUUUAUGCAGCCAUUGGCACACCUCCCCUGGCUCUGAUUGACACAGCCUGCAUGAAAAAACUGGUUUUACUUUCAAUCAGAUGUAAUUUACCUUAAACAAUUUUAUCUCUUGCUCUGUAAAUUGAACUUUAAUCAAAUACAAUAGGCUCUUGCAGGGUCUAGCAAGCUAUUAACAUAGCAGGAGAUAAGAAAAUCUAAAUUUAAUAGAACUUGUAAUACAGGAAGGAUAAAGAUUAGAUUACUCUUUACUGGAAUGGUUACGAAGGCUGUGCAGGUCACAUGCAGGGAGGUGUGACUAGGCCUGCAUAAACAAAGUGAUUUAACUCCUAAAUGGCAGAGAAUUGAGCAGUAAGACCACAGGGGCAUGAUCGAUACACCAAAACUGUUUCAUUAAGCUAAAGUUGUUUUGGUGACUAUAGUGUCCCUUUAAUAAUAAAAACCCACCAAAUAUAACAGCACAAAAUCUAAUCAAUUGAAAAACAUUAGUCUCUUCAGGUAACGUGAUUCUUUACCAGACAAAGGCAGAACUUAAUAAAGGAAUAUUUAUUAUGAGCAAAAAAUAGUACAGUGCAUACAAAAAAUAGAUGAUAAUCAAAUUAUUUACACCAAAAACAAAUAAAACCAAAAGGGAUAAAAUAACAGACGUCCUAAUCACUUACUCAGGUUUUCAAAGUAAAACUUCUGCCCAGUGGGUCUUUGGUAAGGAAGAUGGUGACUUACUCAAAAUUAGAUUCUGGCCCCCAAGCAUGUAUAAACACAUUACAGAAUCAUUAGAUAUAUACCCUGUGGAUUACCAAGCCUGCUCAAGAGAUGAAGAUAAGGCAGACCUAUGGAACAAUAAGUGACCAUUCCCUUGUGUUCCAGACCAACAUCAAUCCAAAUGGAAACAUUUAGUUCUAUCUUCUCUUAUGUACUUGCCACAGAAAUACAAAUUGCAUGUAUGGAUUUGUUACCAUUUUUCCAUUCCAUAGAGUCACACUCCUUACUUGUGACCCAUAAUAACGGACAUCACAAUCUCUUCCCAUAUGGGUAAGUUACGCAAAUCAUGUUUAGGCUUGAUUAGAAGAUUGUGCUUGUCCUAUUGUAAAUCUAAUUUAAAAAAAUGAAGCUUAGCUAUUAUACUGUGGAUAAGUAAGAAAGUGUAUAUAUGUGUCUCUUUUGGAUAUGAUACUGGAACACAAGGCUAGUGAUCAUUAACAUAUCAAUGAGAUUAACUCAUCAAUUAAGAGGUAGAGGCCAUAUGGCUGAAGUCAGCUAGUUUACUUUGGAACUAGACAUCCAGGCAUCUCAAGUGUAGAAUCUCACACCCUGCAGAGCCUUUGAUUAAAGGGACACUGUAGUCACUAUAAGCAUUUCAUCUCUUUGAAUUUGUUAUAGUGCUUGGAGUACCCUGGCACUGUCCCUCCAUUCAGUGUUGCACCAUGUUCGUGCAGUAUGCCACAAAAUAAGAGUCCCUGGCCACCCACAGUCCGGCCCCUUCAGUAUGUGUAGCUAAGGCAGAGAUUACACACUUCCUUGUUGUCAUACCCACUCAUACCGUCAGUUGAAACUCUGACAGGCUAAAAGCAGUCAGCUGACACUCUCAGCCAAUCACAGCUGCCCAUUUCUGCUCAGGCUAAUACUCCCUUAUUAGCCAAAGCAGCACAGAGGGGAUGGAUUGCCGGGGACUCUUGUUUAACAUUAAAACUUUAAAAACUGUUUAAUGCUGAUAGAAAUGAUGGGACCAGAAGACUCCAGACACUAUAACCAGUUUAAUGAGAUGAAGCAGAUACAGUGCCUACGGUGUCCCUUUAAUCAAAUGAUCAAUCCAUGUUGCAAACCAUCUGGCCUCCUUCACAUUCCUAUACAAUUUACAUUAUCCCUUCUGUCAUCUGAUUGUAAAGCGCUGCAGAAUUUGUUGGCGCUAUAUAAAUUAUAAUAAUAAUCUGAUCUCUGCCACGUGGCCAAAUAUGCACUACACAAAUUACAUUAAAUGGCAAUAUUCUAUUGUGCCACAAUGAAUUAUGCAUCCUUGGCGUGACCAUUAGUUUGGAGUAUAUACAUGCAAUACACCGCAGAUCUUAUGGCAGAUAUAGGGAGGGAGAAAAGGGAUUGAAAGUAGCUGCAAUGGAUUCUAUGUAUAUGAUGUGAACUGGGGACCCUACUAAGAAUUUUUUCUUUUUAAUAAAGGUUGCAGAUAUAAAACGAGUCAACAACUUAAUCUUGGAGCAGGACAUGUAUGCUUUAAAGACUAUCAAGAUCCCAGUCAAGGUUAAUGGGAUCUUAACAGAAUUACAGAAAGAGCUGAACCCACAACAGAGAAUGCAUUCUAAUUUGGAGGCCAGUGGUGUUGAGUUGACUGAGGAAAUGUCUGUGGAUGUAACGGAAAGCAGAAACCUAAGCAAAUACUUCGAGGAGAUUGAUGCGAACAUCGAGGCUGCAGCACUGGUACAGGAUCUGAGCAAUGAGCCUCUAAUCCCCAAUUCCCAACAUUCUUCAUCGUAUUUGUUGAGGAACGACCAGCCCAGUAUUAGAGGAGAUUGGGGCAUCAGGUGGAACGCUAUUUUAAUCAUGCUUUUAAUUGUAGUUGUGCUGCCAGUAUUUUACUUAAUCUACAAAAUGCGAGAACAUGCAUAUACAAAUUCUACACGUUCCAGCUAGUCUUGGUGCACACAUAGACCUGAGAAAUAAGAGCAAAUGUUUGCACUAAUAAGCACAAAGUUGUGCUGGACACAUACAAACUCAAGGAUACUGGAGGGUGAUGACUGUAAGCAUUUGCUCCAUUGAGCAGCUGUACUCCUGUUGUCCACCAGUCAGUCACUUUACAUCUUCUAGGUGCCAUCUAAGGGCCUGUGCCUUGUCUAAGCAUUGCAGUUUUCUAAGUGUAAUUAGUCUGAUCUGUGGUUAAUGGCUUUAAGUCACCAAGGAAUACUGCUAAAACCUACCUCCCAUGAAUGGUGUACUCUUAAAUAUAUGGAAGCAAACUGGCUAUUUUUGGAAUACUGAUUUUGUGAUGUAAAUGGAAUGAUGCAUAUGUCUGUGCAGUGACAUCUUAUUGCAAAUCAUGUGCAUCUAUCCUCGUACUAUUUAAAUGUUCUAGAAUGGUGGUGGGCACAUUUGGGAGCAAAGAUGAACCCCACACAUUUCAUGACAAUAUUCACAUUUACAACCCUUUAUAUAUCUGUUGAGGGGUUUAUAUGGGCAAAAUGAUUGGUGUCAUGGGUGACAAAUGUAAAUGAAACAUGUUGUCAGCCUCUUGCUGAAUCCAUUUUAAUCCGUAUAGAAAUCAGUAUGCUGCCCAAGAUUUAAUUCAAUUUGCACAUUAAGGGCAGUCAGGUGAUGUUCCUUGAGAACUUGUUUUUAUACAGCUACCCUGUCUUAUUCCCUGCAAGUUAUCCAUUGGUAUAUAUAUAUAUAUAUAUAUAUCUCUUUUACACUAAAUUCAGAAAGAUGAGUUCAUUUCUGUAAUUUGUCAGUUUUCUUUUCUUUUUUUCUUCUUGGCAGUGAACCAGUUUCAGGCAGGGCCACUCUCUGCCAACUGCCAAAUAGAUGGCUGUACUCUCCAUCCAAAGGUCCCUCUUGGAAACAAAUAACUCUUUAAGGCUCAAAUAAUUCUUAAUUCAAUGAUAAAAUGACUGUGUAAGAUACCAAUGAGCUAAUCAAUGCCAUGUGUGUGUUAGGCUUAUAUUUGCUAAUCGGCUAAUGAUUUUCAAAUUUAUUUUUUUUCAAUAUUUUAUAAUCCAUGGAAGAUACGAAACAGGGUCCUACACUUUAUUUUGGCUGGAUUGCCAAAACAUUUUAUAGUAACAAAUUCUGAGGUCAUACUAACUGUGGUAACACAACCAAACUUUCGCAGUCCAAGAAAUGGUGUCUUAUGCUGAUUUUUAUUUAGGGCAAUGUGUUUUUUUUUUUUUCUUAUUUAUUGUUUGGGAAGAAACAUUUCUUGUGAUUCUUUCCUCAAUGGCUUGUUGUGAUUUCAUUUUUUUUCUUAAAGAGGUUCUUGUACUUUUUCUAGUGAAAACAAUGUACUCAAAUUUCCCGUACACAUCAUUCAAGGCACUUGCUCUAUUUCAGUUAACCUUUUAUAUUUAACAAUGUAUUCCCCUGUCCCAGACUCCAGCCCCCUCACCCCCCCAUUGUAAAGACUUAACAUUUUAUUCACUGUCAUGAUUUCAAAGCGGAGGUCCCUUGGUGCUGGGUUGUGGUCCAUCUGUAUUGUCUUACGAUGGAAGGGGGCCUGAUGCACAUGCGCGGCAAACAUGCGUUUUAAACUUUCCCUAUAGGAAACCAUUGCCUCAGUGCUUUCUUGUUGGGAUUUCGCUGACACUGGACAUCCUCAUGCAGACAGUGAGGGUGUAAGAUGUAACGGUCUGGGUGCCUACAGUGUCCCUGUAAUCUCCAGUUAAAGCAGGCAUAGUUCUUUCUAGUUUUUCCAUUUGUUUUUUUUCAAAGCAGCAGAGGCUGCAUCCUUUGUUAGCCCAGUUUAAUAUGUGUCUGCUGCACCUGACAAAAUGCACUUGACUUAAACCAUGAAAGAUUAAUUGAAUAGGAGAACAGAUUGGACCUGGUGAAGGGGUGUUUUGCACAGACCUACUGGUAAGCUCCCUAAAGAACACAAUCAAAAAGAAGAGCAUUUAAUCACCAGCUUUAAAGGGACAUGUAGACAACAUUAGCCUCUUGAUUCAUUUGUGCAUAUAAGCAUUUUGUUCUAGAAUAUUGUUUACUGAAAUGUAUCAGUACAUGUACAAUUAUCAUUUUAGGGCAGGUGCCCAUUGCACUUAGGAACACAGUGCUGCUAAAGUUAAAACCAUUUCUUAUUCUGAUGUGCCUGUUACUGUCAAUAAGAAUUUACUAAAUACAUUUGGAAACCCAGUUGUGGGUCUGCAGCUUUAAAGAACAUUUUGCAUAUUAAAGGAAUAGACCGCUUGCCAUUUAAUAACUUUUACGUGUCCUGUUCUGAUACUUCCGAGUAUGCUCCAGUUCUUUAUAUCUUCACCUAGGACAGUUAUUGAAAUAAGGUUUAGAUGAUACAAUAUGUAUUAUGAGUAUCAUGGCACUUGACAGUAGGUGGUCUGUGGAUUUGGAAAAAAAUGUGGGUACUUUUCUUUGUUCUUUCUUUUAGGUAACAAUCUGAUCUUCUUUAAGGAUCUUGUGUAGAGUUUAUAUAAAUCCAAGUACAUUUUGGUUUGUGUUUUGUACCUUGUAUGUAUUGGGGAUCAUGCAGCCUGCUCCCUUUUAAAGUGACCUUGCCAUCCACAAAUUGUAUAUAUUGUUUUAAUAUUUGCUUUAUGAUGGUAAAAUAACCUGCAAAUUUAUAAAUACAAUAUAGACUUGGCUGAGGAUCUGAUCCUAGCUGUGCAACAUAGUCCUCCUUUAAUGCACUCUAGGAAUUGUGGGAUGCCAUAGUUGUCAUUGAGCACAGGAGUUGCAGUGUAGGCAGUACAGCAGCAAGCACAGCCGCUCCUGUUUUAGGGCUUCUAAUAGUUGUGACAUUACAUUUCUGACCUCCCCAGUAGAGAUAUACAUAGUUAAAAAAAACUUCAUCUGUGCACUGGGUAGCAAUUUAAAGAUUUUUUUUUUUUUUUUCUUCAGAUAUAGCUGUUUUGCUCUACAAUGUGCAGUUCCUACUCAACAUUGGGAAUACAGGCCUGAAUGUGAUUUAAGAAUCUGAAUCUGUAUGAUUUAGUAUUGCUUCUUUGAACAAGCGUGCUUAAAGAUACAGUAAUAAUACAUGAUAAUCAGAACUAUUUAAAUACCAUAUACUCUCACACUGUGUCCUAUUUAUUGCAGUAUAUAAAAGCAUAAUAUGCUACCUGCAAGAGGUGGUUUUGUUUAGUUUGUAUGUGCCGGUUUAUUUUUUUUUACGUUCGAAUGCAGGAGUAAGAGAUUGGUUAAAUGGACACUCUAAGCACCAGAACUUUUCUGAGAACCACAAUGUUUAUAUUGCUUCCUCUAAUGCAGGUGUAGGUAACAUUCAGCACCAGAUGUUGUGAACUACAUCUCCCAUAAAGCUCUCACUUCCAUAAUGCUGGCAAAGUAUUAGGGAAGAUGGUGUAGUCCACAACAUCUGGUGUGCUGAAGGUUGCCUACCCCUGCUCUAAUGACUGUCACUAAGAAAGACAUUAGAGGUUCUUCCUUUUGCUGGUCCUGCAAUCUUUGCAUCACCGAUGUUUGGCAUCUUCACACUCCACAUGAACUCUCGCCAUACAUUGCAAUGAAAAAGGAAGCAGGCUUAAUACCCAGUAGUUUAACUAGGAGCAGUGAGAAUUGUGCCUAGCAUGGGUUAGCUUAUCAUAGACUGAGAACACAUAAGUUAUCCUAUUACAUUGCCCACUUUCCCAGCACCGCUAGUACAGACUGGCAUGGAAUUCCCGUGGGGCUGAAGGGCUUAAAACACUUACCUGAAUCCAGGCUCUGCACAUGUUCUUCCCACCGACGUCAGCCGGCAAGGGAGACCUAAUGCGCAAGCGCGGCAAUGGCCGCACGCGCAUUAGACUUCCCCAUAGGAAAGUAUUAAUCAAUGCUUUCCUAUGUGGAAAAUCUGACGCUGGAGGUCCAUGAGGAUGUCCAGCGUCAGAUAAUGGACAAAAAGUCAGUUUGAAUUCCGGAAGCCCUCUGGUUCUCUGGAAUUGCAAUGCUUUACAUUGCAGCACUAAGUGCAAAAGGGUCACAGCACCCAGACUACUUCAAUUAGCUGAAGUGGUCUGGGUGCCUACAGUGUCCCUUUUUAACUGGUACUCACAUUAAACUAACAAAACAAACCUGGUAGAAUUACUGAAUUAAAACUGCAACUUUUAAAGCUUCCACCACUGUCCUAAUGAACUGCAUUUGUUCCAUAGGCUCUGAUUUCUUUGUAUGAGGAGAUUCACAUGAUCCACAUCAUAUUCUCAGUAUCUGCCCUUGCUGGCACAUUGAUCCACUAAUGUUCCAAGGUUUGACCACUGGCAUUUUUCCUCGUGGAACUUAAGUGUGUGAAAAUAGACCGUUUUUGAAAGCAAGACACAAAAAAUAAAAAUAAAAAAUAAAUUCACAUUCUGUCUGUAAACUGUGCUAGUAUCAAGCUGCUUGGUACCAGAAAAACCACAGAUAUGGCAGCCAGAUCAUUGUGGGAAUGGCUUGCCCACAGUUAAUAUGCAUACACGACCUUCCAGCAGGUAUACUGUUAAUCUUUACAUUUGCUGCCAGUUUUUCUUGUAUAAUGUAUUUAUAUGUGUACUUACCUGAAGUUGACUGUGCCAUCCACGUGUUCUAUGGAUGGCAGAGUCACUGGAAUGUGCAGUUGGCUUUCAUAGCUUACAAAUAAUUAAUUUGUGAUAAUCAGUGCUAACUAGAUAAUCCAUUACACAGUUCAACUAGGAUAAAAAUCACUGAUGUACUGCCAUUCAAAUUUCACAUGUAUUAAUGCUAGGAGAAUAAAUACCAUUUCUAAUGUCUAUUUUAUUAUUCUUGUGAGACGCUUCUGACAGUAUGUUAUAUAAGUUAUAAUACAAAACUACUUCAUACCUUUCCAAAGAUAACGAUUUCAUUGUUUCAGACAUUGUAUUAGUUUAUCUAUCUGUCUUGUUGUAUUCAUUGGCUGUUUUUGUUUUGGUACUGGCUGAUGAUACAUUGUAAUACACAGCAUAUACCUGUCAUGACUAUUUGCCAAAUUCAGGGAUAUGUUUAACAGCGCAAACAUGGAAUUAAACAUAAUUUAAUGACAACUGUAAUUUCUUCUGUGAAGGAAGUUCUAAUGUUUUGUAUGUAAACACUAAAGAAAUAAAAAUGUAUUUCUGUGUUUUAAAAAAAUAAAUAAAUAAAAAAAUAGUGA